GUAAGCAAGUUUUCACCGUGUGUCAACAGCACAGAUUUACACGAGCACGCGUUUACUUACACAUGUAUAUUGAUAUAGAAAUGCGUAAUAACGCGCGCCAUCGUAAGAUCCUAAUGGACUAUAUCAAUUACUGACGAAUCGUUUGGAUUAUUCUAACGGAUUAUCUAAGAGUUUAGGGAAAUAUUCAAGUCAUGUUUUAUUUAAUCUGCCUUCUGUGUCUCGUCGACAUCUCAGAUGCUGUCAUGGAUCUCACCAUGACCUCCAACAGGGCCACUUUUGCUCCUCAUUUUCGCAUCUCCUGUAUCUCUGGUGAGCGUGACGCCGAUGGCAUUCAGCUGAACAUCAAGAAAGACAACAGCAUUGUUCGUCUGGUUAAUCCACCUAAUUUAAAUGUGGAGAGGCCACAGGCUAAAGAAGUGGUGGCCACUGGAUUUACAGGCUUUGACCACAUUGGGUUUUUUUUCUGUCACUCAAAACGAGGAUCGGACCACCUUGCCAAUGUUACACUAAUAAACAACAACGGUAAAGGUCAUUUUCGACCUAUGAUGAUCACUAUGACGGCCAGUAAAGGUGAAAAGGUGCAUCUAACCAUGGAGGUCCUUGGAUCAGAAAGACGAGACAUUCAAUGGAAAUUCAAUGGUAACUAUUACUACAUGACUCCAAUAGCUGACGUUCAAAACAACACAGCAGUUCUGGAGCUAGAGAAAGUUGAUGAAACCCACGCUGGGAUCUACGGUGCUGGCUAUGUUGGAGACAGUCCUCUCCUUAGCGCCUGGAUGCGUCUCAUCAUUCGUGAAUGUCCAAAUAACAAAUGGGGAUCAGACUGUGAUAAGGAUUGCCCAGAGUGCUUGAAUGGGGGUGUGUGCCAUGAUAAAAAUGGGGACUGUGUUUGUCCUCCAGGCUUUAUGGGAAUGCGCUGUGAGACAGCCUGUCGUGAAGGAAUGUUUGGUCGGAACUGCCAGGAAUCCUGUAAAUCAGAUAAUGGUUGCCAGGGCUUAAGUUUCUGUCUCAUCGAUCCUUACGGUUGUUCCUGUGCCAGCGGCUGGCAUGGACAUCGCUGUCACAAACCCUGUCCUGAAGGGAUGUAUGGAGCUGAUUGUCUUUUAACCUGCAACUGCAAGAACAAAGGAAAAUGCAAUCACUUUAGUGGCUGCCAGUGUCCUACAGGUUGGAGAGGACAAAAUUGUGAGAAAUCAGAUCUUGCACCAGAGAUUUUAGACAUGGCCAAUAACCUAGAGGGGAACCUGAACUCCAGCCAUAAGAUUACAUGUUCUGCCACAGGCCAUCCUCUUCCCAGCCACAUGAGCAUUGAGCUACGCAAGCUGGAAAGCACUGUGCUUAAGGCAUCCCACACUACUAUGGACUCAAAAAAAAGCACUGCUAUUUUUGAGAUUGCACGCUUGUCUGCAGAGCACAAUGGUGUAUGGGAAUGUCGUGUCUCCACCAACGGUGGCCAGGACUCUCGCAAGUUUACAUUAACUGUGAAAGAGCCACCCUAUCCAACCACUGCUCCUAAACUUCUGAAGAAGAGCAGCAAACAGCUGGUGGUAGAGCCAAAUAUAGACACUUACGCCGGUGAUGGUCCCAUUAUUUCCACUAAGUUGUUUUACAAGCCAAUGGAUCCAAUGGACUCCUGGUCUUCCAUCAUAGUUUACAGCAGCGAUCCCAUCACACUGAUGAACCUGAAGCCCUCCACCAAAUACCUUGUGCGUUUACAACUCACUCGACCUGGGGAUGGAGGAAAGGGUCCUUUGGGUCCAGAGGCAUUAAUGGAGACUGACUGUCCAGAGCCCACAGCUAGGCCGGAGAUUGAUUCCAGCUCGGUGGAGGGUCGUAACGCCACCAUCAGGUGGUCCAUUAUCGGCAGAUCGCGCGAGGCCACUGGCUUUUUAGUGCAGCUCUACGGAUCAAUUGAAGAGAAGCUGUGGGAGGAAACCACCUUGAUUAAUGUGCUCUCCACCAAGCUAUACAACCUGGAGUACCACAGGGACUACCAAGUGGUCGUACUGCUGGUAAACUGUGGCAGCCAUGGGCCCCCCUCAAGGCCAUACCAUAUCCACAUCUAUAAGCAGGGCCCUUCUUCUCCACGGCACGUUCAAGCAGACGCUUUGUCCAUAAGUGCUGUCAGGCUUCGCUGGCAACCCCCUGAGGACCCCAAUGGUGGUAUUGUCAAAUACAGCAUUGAAUACCAGCCAGUAGGCCGGGACAACUUUCACCGUUGGGUGGAUACAGAUGAUGGCAACAAAACUACAAUGGAUGUGACAUCCCUCAACGAAAGCACCUUGUACCAGUUUAGGGUGAGGGCUUUCUCCAAGGCGCCAGGGGAAUGGAGCACAUUUGUUGAAGCCAGGACGCUAGGAAACGAAAUUGCUAGCUUUAUUCCCACCACUCAGCAAGUUGGUAGGCCAAUGGCUGAGGAGCAUCAGCUACUGUGGGCUGUGGUUGGGUCUGUAGCUGUGACCUGUAUGACCAUCCUUUUGGCUCUACUGGCUCUCUUUUACAUACGUAAAUCCGUCCUAAAACGAAAACGAACGUUUACCUAUCAGUCUGGAUCGGGAGAAGAAACUAUCUUACAGUUCAACUCAGGAACUCUCACACUGACUCGACGGCCAAAACCCUCCCCUGAGCCCCUCACCUAUCCCAUACUGGAAUGGGACGACAUAAAGUUUGAGGACGUUAUCGGAGAAGGGAAUUUUGGUCAGGUCAUCAAGGCCAUGGUCAAAAAAGACGGGAUAAAAAUUAGUGCGGCUAUUAAGAUGCUCAAGGAGUUCGCCUCAGAGAAUGACCAUCGGGACUUUGCUGGUGAAUUAGAGGUCCUGUGUAAACUCGGACAGCAUCCCAAUAUAAUUAAUCUCAUUGGAGCUUGUGAGAACAAAGGUUACCUUUACAUUGCCAUCGAGUUUGCACCUUUUGGUAAUCUCUUGGACUUUCUAAGAAAGAGUCGCGUCCUAGAGACCGAUCCAGCCUUUGCAAAGGAACAUGGCACUGCAUCCACGCUCACCUCACAGCAGCUCUUGCAAUUUGCUGCUGAUGUUGCAACUGGCAUGCAUUAUCUUAGUGACAAACAGUUUAUCCACAGAGAUUUGGCGGCCAGGAAUGUGCUUGUUGGAGACAAUCUAGUUUCAAAAAUUGCUGAUUUUGGGCUCUCGCGUGGGGAAGAAGUGUAUGUCAAAAAGACCAUGGGAAGGCUGCCUGUGCGAUGGAUGGCCAUCGAAUCAUUAAACUACAGUGUCUACACCACAAAGAGUGACGUUUGGUCUUUUGGAGUUCUUCUCUGGGAAAUUGUAAGUUUAGGUGGGACACCAUAUUGUGGGAUGACCUGUGCUGAACUCUAUGAGAAACUGCCUCAGGGAUACAGAAUGGAGAAGCCCAGGAACUGUGAUGAUGAAGUGUAUGAACUGAUGAGGCAGUGCUGGAGAGACAGACCUUAUGAACGGCCGCCGUUUUCACAAAUUUCUGUCCAGCUUAAUAGGAUGCAGGAGGCUCGCAAGGCCUACGUCAACAUGGCUCUCUUCGAGAACUUCACUUAUGCUGGAAUAGAUGCUACAGCUGAAGAGGCCUGACUACCAGCCCCCCCGGACCCAAGCAGGGUUCACAGCCCAAGGGAGGCUCAUCGCAGCAGGGCUUCACGCUACUGCCACUCCCCUGUGGUCAGGUUCCAUUCCUCAAAGAGACACACCACCAAGAUCACAUGGCUAUAGAGAACAGACUGUGAAAGGACACUCUUAUGGCUGUGAUUCUCUUUUGCUAGAUUCUGGUUGGAUAUCUCAGGACUAGACACAUACUGGAAAUGGGACUCAAGGAGAAAUGGAACCUGCAACAUGAGCUACAUAUGUAGCAGGCUGGGUCUGUGGGGAUCUGGACCGUGUAUUAUAUGGACUCUAUUUUUUGUUGGGAGAAUCCUUUUCUAAGCUUGUUAAUAUGGGCUGACAUCAAAGCAGGUCAGUCCAUGGACAAAGGUGCCAGUAUUUUUCAAUGUAGCACUUACUAAUGGAUAUAUGAAGAGAUCAGAUGCGAAAGACGAUAAAUGCCACCUUUGUCAAAGGUGAGAUAAAUAAAGUGACGAAAUAUGCUCAACAUAUUAUAUUCUUGUUUGUUGGUGAAAUCCGUUAUACACCACAACGAUUUCUAAGCAAAUUCCUCUAAGUGCAUGGAAUAAGAAUUGAAUGAACAAUGGAGCGUGGACGUCAUGGUGCAAACUUCUUUACCCGGUUAAGGAGGUUUAUAUACAGUAUUGUACAUAUACAGUAUUAUAAAGAUAUUGACCUUUAUUGAGGCUUAACCUUUAUACAGAAAGCACAGUCGAAAGUGACUCAAGACUUUUUUUUAAAGUGGAGAUUCUAGUGGGUUUUGCAGCGAAAGCCAUUCAAAUUUCAAAGAUCACAGAACACACAAAGUUUCUGCCAAUCGUAUGUUAAUCUUGGGUACCUAUGGAGUAGUAUUACAUCUUUCAUAUCUCCAAAGAGUCUUUCAAGUUGUCAGAUUGAUAAAAGACAGAAAAGCCUUUCUGUUUUUUUUCUGAAAAGGGCAGAACUCCUGGAAGCGUACCGUGGGAGGUGAUAAAGAGUUACGAGUACAACACAGCUGUCAGAUUUUGAUUUACUACCAUUCACAAUUACCUUGCUGUCUGCAAAAAAACAAACUGCAUCCACUGUUGUCUUAAAGGAAAACACCACCAAUUUUCAAUAUUUUACUAUGUUCUUAGACAAAUUAAUACAUCCCUAUCUUUUAUCAAUGCGUGCACUUAAUCUUUGUACAGCGCUUCGUGAAUGUGUUAGCAUUUAGCCUAGCCCCAUUCAUUCCUUAGGAUCCAAACAGGGAUGAAUUUAGAAGCCACCAAACACUUUGGUCAUUUUGGUAAAAUUGGCCACCACAAAUAGAUGUUUGCACAUCGCGUUUAUAACUACCUCUGUCUCACAUGACAGUUUCUGUUCAAACACACGACCCGUGGUGUCAGUCGACGGCGCUCCGCUUAGCCUCAUUCAAGUUGCAUUUAAGCAUAUAUAAUGCGGACGUGCUCGUCGCGAAUGUGCCACCACAAACUGCAAGUCUGGAAAAAAACUGUUAUGGUGUCCCGGAUUCUCAACCUGUGGAUGAGAAUCUUGUUUGGAAACUUAUAGCAGAACACAGAUAACAACAUGUUUGCUUGAGACAGCGCAAGCUAGCAGUAAGCUAAAGCUAAUAUUUACAUUAUAGCGAUUACGUGACGAUUCUCUCAGACCAAUCAGUGAUCUACAGUGUUUUCGCGUCACGUUUGGUAUCAGCUCGGGUCGCUUGGAACCCCAACCGAGAUGGUACGAAAAAAAGUAUCGGGUACUACGUACUGCACCCAAUGGAAAAGCUCCCAAAAGUAAGCUGACCCGACCCAAACUAAACCAAACCGUGGGGUACUAUGCAAUGGAAAAGCGCCAUAAGGGCUCCUCCACCAUACAAUAUAGUUCUCAUUUUUUAUCUGCUUAAAAAAUUGCCACGUUUUAUUUUGAGCCACCAUACUUACUCGUGUAACUACUCAUGUAACAGUCUUUAAAUAGGGAAAACAUGGCCGUGUUUGGUGGCUUUAAAAUUCAUCCCUGUUUGAAUCCUAAGGGAUGAAUGGGGCUAGGCUAAAUGCUAACACAUUCACGACGCGCUGUACAAAGAUUAAGUGCACACAUUGAAAAAAGAUAGGUAUGUAUUAAUUUGUCUAAUUUAAGGUAAGAACAUAGUAAAAUAUUGAAAAACUGUGAUGUUUUCCUUUAAAACAAGGUUACUUGCAAAGCUGAAUAAGGUUUUAUUCUCUUUACUUCAACACACUUCUUUCGCUGUGCUAUUGUUGAUUCUUGUUAUAUAACAAAAUUGUCACUCGAAAACUUCUACUCGAAGGAACAAUGCUAAUGAUGAGUGUUCUCGCUCUCACUCUGACUGACGUGUGGGCGUGCUUUUCCGGAGGAAGUGCCCAUAAAAGGAAUAAGGGGUCCAUGAUACGUAACAGUUAACCAUCACUUUCUGAACUGCUUUUUUGACACUUUGCCUUUGUUUAGCAUGAUGAAUACAACUCUUUAACUGUGUUAAUAAGUCAGAAUGCAUGAAAUAUUGUUAACCCCUCCCUAAAUAGGAAUGAAAUGACUAAAGUGACAUUUGACAUUUACAAGAAAACAAACUUUUUUAUUUGCAUUUGAACUUUUCAUAUACAACAGUGUAUUUUCCUUAUUGAAAUUUGUGUCUGUGCCUUAAGUGCAUACUGUUUAUCUUCUAUUAUCCGACUCAUUGAACUCUAAAGUUCUUUAUGUGAUGUCUUUAAGUAGCGAUGUGAUGACGUAUGUAUGAGAUGCAUUAGCCGUAACCAUACUGAAUGUUAGACAAUGUGUUUACUUUGAUAAAUAAAGCUAAAUCUAUGUGGUGACGGGUCUCAUCACAGAGAAGUG